AUGGCAAAUCUGGUUCCGGGUGUGCUUCUGAAGCUUCUGCAGCACAUGAACACGGAUGUGAAGGUUGGUGGUGAGCACAGGUCUUCGCUGUUGCAGGUUGUGAGCAUUGUUCCGGCACUUGCAGGGGGUGAACUUUUCCCAAAUCAAGGUUUUUACCUCAAAGUCUCUGAUUCAUCUCAUGCCACUUAUGUUUCUCUCCCUGAUGAGCAUGAUGAUCUCAUUCUCAGUGAUAAGAUUCAGUUGGGUCAGUUUGUGUUUGUUGAUCGUUUGGAGGGUGCUUCUCCUGUCCCCAUUCUGAAAGGGGUUAGGCCUGUUCCUGGGAGACACCCUUGUGUUGGAACCCCUGAGGAUAUUGUUGCAACUCAUUCCCUUGCUUUCCUUGACAAUAAUAAGGUCAAGAAUGGGAUUUCUUCUGGCGGUGCUGACAUGGAUAGAUCGAAGUCUCCGAGGAAAGUGUAUAGUGUUGGGGUUGGAGAGAAGGAGAAGAAAGAGAGGGUGAGAUCAAAUGUUGGUUGUGGGAGUGGUAAGGAGGAAGUACAAUCCAGCAAGAGUGGUGCUCUUUUGGGUAGGGGCAAAUCUCAGUCUCAGUCCCAGCCUCAGCUAUUCAAGCCUUCACUCAAGAUUGAGGUGAAGAAGGAGUCCUUGACUAGAUUGAGGCCUACCAAUAGCCGCUCCAUUCCUUCGUCCCCAAGUAGUUGCUACUCGUUGCCGACCUCGUUUGAGAAAUUUGCCAAUGGGGUCAGGCAACACCAGGCUAAGGUUGGGACUAAAGUGGGAGUGGUGGAGACGGGAAAGGUGGUUCGUGGGGUUAGUAGUCCCGCUGGGAAGAAAAUUGUGAAUCCGAUCAGAGAUUUGGUGCAGGGAAUUGAGCUGGGGACCAAGGCUCUGCGUAAGAGCUGGGAAGGGAGUAUGGAGGUCAAGACUAGAGAGUCUUCUAAAGCCAGGGUUGCAACCAAGUUUGAUCCUAAGCUUGAACCCAGUACUCCUAGGAGAAGAUCAAACAUUUCAGGCGAAAAAAUACCACCAUCUAAAGAGGAGGGGAAGAUCCAAGCACCAACAAAGCCCUCUAAGGAACAACACAAGACUCAAACGUCCACAAAGAAGGCUAAUGUUAAUGGAACUUCAGCAGAACCAGAAAAGUCGAGCAAACUAAGAACUUCCAUUGGGAAGAAAGCAGUAGAAGUUUCUAACUGCGGACUCCCUGGAAAUUUGGUCAAAAUUUCACUAAGUAAUAGAAAAGUGACAGAUGCAACUGUUCAAUGGGCUUCACUCCCAUCAUCUAUUUCAAAGCUUGGAAGGGAAGUAAUGAAGCAGAGAGAUGCAGCACAGAUAGCAGCAACUGAGGCUAUGCAAGAGGCUGCUGCUGCAGAGAGUUUACUGCAGUGCCUAAGAACAUAUUCCGAGCUAACUAAUUCUGCUAAGGAACAUAACCCACAGCCAGCAGUAGAUCAGUUUUUAACUCUUCAUGCUAGCUUGAAUAGUACACGGACAAUUGCCGAAUCCUUAACAAAACCCAUUCCAGAUUGUUCAUCUCCUGAUUAUGAAAAGGGUACAGCGGAAGAAGCAGUAAGAGUAAAAUCAGAUAGACAAAAACAAGCGGCUUCUUGGGUCCAGGCAGCCUUGGCCACCAAUCUGUCAUCCUUUGCUGUUUUUACUAGAGAAUCUCAAACAUCCAGGCCUCCAGCAUCAAGCAACUCUCAAAAUCAAAAGACUGGCGUGGGAAAUCAACCCAUGUUAGUUCUACACAACUCCAGUGAAGAUGCUUCAUCAAAAGUUCAUGCAAAGACUCGUCAGACAGCUAAUUCCAAACAUGCCUCACAAGGAACUCUUCGCAAACCAGGUGAUGGUUUAUUAAAUGGGCAGAAGCAGCUAGUCCAACCACCCCCUGAAUGGGUUAGAGGAAAUGGCCUCAAUGAGGUAGUUAAUUUGAUUGAAAUGUUGCAGUUACAAUCCCGAUACUGGUUUUUGGGAUUUGUUGAGAGGUUCUUGGACAGUGAUGGGGACGCUAGCUUGUCAGAUAAUGACCAAAUAGCAGGUAUGCUCACUCAACUAAAGAGUGUUAAUGAUUGGUUAGAUGAGAUAGUUUCGAGCAACGACGAGGGAGAAUCAUGCCAGAUAUCAUCAGAGGCAAUUGACCGGUUGAGGAAGAAGAUAUAUGAAUAUCUUCUAACACAUGUUGAGUCUGCUGCUGCUGCACUCAGUGGUGGAUCACAAUCAUCACCUCAGAUCCAAACAACACAGAUUAAGGCCAAAAGGUGA